AUGGCAUCAUCACCAUAUAGUACACCUGUUCGCGACUGCACGGCCGUCCCACUUGCAAAGCGAACGCCAUCCAGAGCGUCUUUACCGAUAUCUUACUCUGCCAGAAAACGGAGACGCAUGUCUGUCCCAUCCUCUGAUUUCUCUCCAGAUUUGAACUUUGAAGACGACCCGGAAGCACUUCAAGAUAGCCCUGCAGAUCGUUUUAUCCCCAGUCGUCCUAAUCUCGCCAUCCCUCUGAAUACCACUCCUCGGACAAAUCGCAUCGCCAAGUCUUUUGGUCUUGUGGAUGAUCGCAUAUUAAAUUAUUCUGUUGAGGGCUCUUCGUCCAGUCCAGACGCCAAAGUAUACUCACUACUUCGCAAAAGUGCUUCUGAACUCUUUCACACGCCCCUCCACGUAUCGAUGUUAUCCGCAAAAGCCAACCUAGGCAAACGAAAACAGUUUCUCCUGGCGCUUGAUGGACCGGGGAUUCCCCGGGAUCGUUUUGCAUCUCCAAUGGCGUGGUCAUCCACGAAUUGCAUUGCUGUAGCAUGUAAAUGCGAUGUAUAUUAUCAGAAUCUUAACACGCGAGCCAUCGUGCGCCUCUGUGGCGGGACAGCAGAUGACGGUUUGCUACAUAGUAUUGAUUGGGCUGGCCCAAAUCGACCAAAUACUCUAGCGCUUGGUACGGUCAAAGGUACCAUCCAACUCUGGGAUUCUGAAGAGCGCAAACAAAUAGUAGCGUGGCCCAGGUCAGGGAAGGGGAUGGGCGGAAUGAAUUGGUACGAAGACUUGCUUGCUGUUGGGCGGCAAGAUGGCUGUAUUUCCUUGUUUGAUGCACGCUCGGAAGGAGAAGUCCUCAAGCUCGAAGGUCAUAAAGGUAAGGUUCAUGGUAUCAAAUGGCAUGCUAAUGGCAAGUACAUGGCUACUGGUGAUAACUCGGGCUCCGUACAUAUCUGGGACAUGAGAGCUAACGGUAUCUUAACUGAGGGUGAAAAGAAAAAUAAAAUGAAGCACGGCGGUCCGGUUAAGGCUUUAGCAUGGUGUCCUUGGAAAAGCGAUAUGAUUGCCACUGGCGGUAGCUCCCCAGAUGGAACAAUUCAGAUAUGGAGUAUCAACACACCCUUAUCGACACCUUACCCUGAACCUCUCCAUCAAAUUUCUCUCUACACCUCAGUUUCCUCGUUACAUUGGUCGCCUCAUUGCAAAGAGCUUUUGAGCACUCAUGGAUCAACGUGGGCACCCUCCUCGCAGACCUCAGAUCCUUCUCAAUUACGUGCUGUGCCAUCACCUCUCACCAACUCGCUGACAGUUCACUCAUAUCCAUCGUGCGAAAGAAUCCUCAGUGUAACCGCGCACCACGGCAUAGUUGCUCAUGGAUGCACGUCACCCGACGGGUGCUCUAUUUUUACGCUAAGCCCUUCUGAGGAGAACAUCAAGAUGUAUAAAGUAUGGUCCGCCCCAGGAGAAGUGGAGAGGAAGCAGAGCAGUUUUGAUAAAUGCACUAUUCGAUGA